UGACUUUCAAGAUUAUAUAUUUUAAUGCGAGAGGGCGAUGUGAGGCAAUGCGGAUGCUUUUGGCAGACCAAGGUGCUCAGUGGGAGGAAGAGGUGGUGACAUUUGAUGUCUGGCAAGCAGGAGAUCUGAAGAAAACCUGUGCAUUUGGCCAGCUGCCUAAAUUCUGUCAUGGCGAUUUUGAAAUGAAUCAGUCUAAUGCAAUACUUCGCUUUCUGGGAAGACAGUUUGACCUUUAUGGAAAAACUCACCAGGAAGCUGCUCUGAUAGACAUGGUGAAUGAUGGUGCUGAAGACUUGCGUAUAACAUACUUCACUUUCAUAUACAAGGAAUAUGAAACUGCGAAAAGUAAGUACAUUGAGGAUUUGCCCAGUCAUCUCAAAUAUUUUGAAUGCCUACUGUCCAAGAACCAUGGAGGGAGUGGCUUCAUUGUGGGUGACCAGAUCUCCUUUGCAGACUAUAACCUUGUAGAUCUUCUGAUGAUCCAUCAGGUCCUGGCAAAUGAUUGCUUGAAAGAUUUCCCACUGCUAAAAGCCUAUGUGUCUCGCAUCUGCUCGCGACCAAAAAUUGCAGCCUUCCUAGCUUCUGAUGACCACAAGAAACGUCCCAUCAGUGGAAACGGCAAGCAGUGAUGGGUGGAAACUCUUCUUGAAUUACUGAAAAGCAUCUCUUUGUUUAUAUGUGUUUUUGUAAAAGUUGAAUGCGUCUUUUUUACAAACUUGGGUUGGAACCCUGGUCCUUGGGUUAAUGUCCUUCACCAGCUCACUUGUAUUGCAGAUUCUUUUAGGUGUGGCAAGUCUGAUUUGCAGAAUUCUGUGCAUUUUUGUAUAGGUAUGUUAAGUGUGUGCAUCUGUGUAAGGAGUAAUGGCAGUUAAUAACAAGCAGCUGCUCAGUCUUCAUGUCCAAGUUGCUGUCUGCAGAUCAUAAGAAUUCAAAUAAUUGUGAAACCUGUUGUACUAGAGUCUGCACAGCUGGCAGGGCUUUUUAUUCUAGUCUAUAGCUGUUACAAUGCAGUGGUGGUACCCAAUAUAUUGUCAUUGGUAUGAAAUUCAAAAUAGAAGGUACAUGGCAAGAGGAAAAACCAGUGCAAAUGAUUUAGCAAGACUGCCUGCAAAUGCAUGUACACCUUCCCAUACAGCUAACGUUAACAUUGCUAUUUCAUUACCUAUUAAUGUGAUCUAUUUAAACAUUUACCUAAAGUGCUAUGACUGGGAUCUGGUGAAUUUUUCAAUAAUAAAAACAAAUGCAUUGGUA